AUGGCAGCAACCGAAGCCAUUCAAGCCCAAUUGCUGGACGAAUAUUCCAAGACGAUCGAUCCGGCGACAUUGCUCGCAAUUAUAUCUGACUAUGACAUUUGCGACACGGCGCAAUUGAGCGCUGCCCGACAAACCCUGGAUAUCUUGAAAGCAACCGUUCCGGAUGAAGAAGCGACUGGGUUUGACGCCAGCGGCGCAAGUGGACCUAGUGGCCUGAUUGAUGUCGGCGAAGAGGGAGGAGAAGACGGGAGUCAAAGCGGGAGUGGAAAAAGCUUGCCUGGGUGGAUGAGCCAAACGGAUACUACAUCUAUCAGCCAGCGCAUGUCAUCGCUAGACCUUGAAGGCUUGGAUUUCUCCAGCGACGGCGCACCCACUGGUAUCAACGAAUCUGGAGAUAGGUCUUAUACAUCUGAACUGGAUAGUUUGGAUGAUGGCGGCAAAGAAGCUGGCCUAAGAGCGAUUUUCCCUAUUCUAAAGCCGUUUGAUAUCCAAUGGACAUUGAAGAAAUGUCGGGGCGACCCGAGCCUGGCUAUUGAUGAGCUUAUGACACAAUCGUUCCUGGAGGAGAAUGGCGGGAGACAAAAGGGAAUUGACGCUUUCUCUGAAAGUGACAUCCCGUCUCGGCCUCGCAAGCAUAAGGCCAAGAAGAAGCGUGAGAGGCCGGUUAUUGAAGGUGCCGGAGGCCCUGAGGCGGAGCCACCUCCCCAGAGUAAAUGGGAAACAGGAACGCGGGAUAUCGAUUUCAUUGUCUCGAAAUUGGACAUGCCGAAGCAGCAAGUUGCGUCGUUAUAUCAUAAGAAUGGCGCCUCGGUCGCCUCAACUCUCUCCGCUAUUAUUCAGGCUCAUAAUUCAAUGAACGUUGAAUCAGAUGAUGCUACCGCUGAUCUCAGCGCUUUCGAAAUUCAACAAGAUUUCCCCUCCAUCUCAAUUUCCGACCUUGCGGCCAUAGUCCUGCUUACCCACCAUUCUCUAGACAAUGCCCGGGCCGUGGCAAAAGCCCUGACAUAUACCCCCUACUCCAACAACAAAAGCCCAAUUCAAAUCCAAUUCCGCCACACCCCCAUAAACGUGGAGUCCGAACCGCCUCCGCCCGUCGAGUCGCCUCCUCAGCUUGGAUUCCACUACGAAUCUCCCGGUGCCGCAGCAGCGAGAGCAAAUUCAUACGUCACAGCCAGCAACAGCGCACGCCGCCAAGCAGAAUUCUAUGCUCGAAAAGGAAAAUCCGAUCCCCUCAUGGGCGGCGCAGCAGCUCAUUACUCUUCUGAGGCUCGUUCCUAUUCUACGCUUGCAAACAAGGCUGCAAGCGUAGCGGCUGAUGCGCUUGUUGCGGCGCAGAGCUCGCGGACGGAGUUGGAUUUGCAUGGUGUUGUUGUCAAGGAUGCAGUGAGGAUUAGUAGGGAGAAAGUUACGGCUUGGUGGCAUGGACUUCGGAAUGGAAGCGCUGGUGGUCCUGGUGUGGGCGGUGGGUAUAGGAUUGUCACAGGGCUGGGACGACAUAGUGAGGGUGGAAAGGGGAAAUUGGGUCCUGCUGUGGGGAAGAUGUUGAUUAGGGAGGGGUGGAGAGUUGAGGUUGGAAGUGGAGUUUUGGUAGUUAGGGGGGUGCAGCCUACGACCAAGAAGAAGUGA